GUGGUGUUUUUCACGAUGCGUGCCGCUAUCUCACCUCUGCCGGCGGCGUGGGCUUUGGAAAAAUCUACAGACGGCAAGGUUUACAGCGCAUGGCAAUACUUUGCGGCAGACGACGACGAGUGUCGGGAGCGUUUCGGUCUGGCAGCUCACAGUGCUAACUACAUCUUCAAGAACGACUCCGAAGUGAUAUGCUCGACGCAAUUUUCCUCCGUAGACCCGCUCGAGAGUGGUGAAAUCAACCUUUCGCUCAUCACCGGUCGACCAAGUGAGAAAACGACUUCACAAGAGCUGCUCAAUUUCACCUUGGCUCGCUACAUUCGGAUUCGCCUGCUGCGUAUGCAUACCGCAGUGUUUCGAGAUGGCGUCAGUGCCGACAGUGGAGUGGACAUUCAGGCGCAGGCGAAACGAAGCUUCUACACCAUUCGUUCGCUGCGGAUCGGUGGGCGGUGUUUCUGCUCCGGACAUGCUGCAAAGUGCAAAGCCAACGAUAAUAACAUAGACAAUCAGCCGCGGUGCGAAUGCAUGCACAACACUUGCGGGACCCACUGCGAUCGGUGUUGUCCGUUGUACAACCAGAGACCCUACCGAGUUGGAACGCCGUUUCAGGCUAACAAGUGUGAAAAGUGUGAGUGUAACGGCCAUGCCAAGGAAUGUUAUUACGAUCGGGACGUGGACGAAAAGGGACUUAGCGUGAAUGUCCGCGGGAAGCUCAGUGGUGGAGGCGUCUGUAUGAAUUGCACCAAAUUUACCACUGGCAUCAACUGCGAAAAGUGCAUUCCUUUUUAUUACCGGCCCUCGGAGAGAAUGCCAAACGCAGAAGAACCAUGUGUGCCGUGUAAUUGCAGUGCAAAAGGAUCUACUGGUGAAUGUAAUCCGAUUGGUGGCGAAUGCGUUUGUAAGAAAGGAUUCACGGGUUCCAGAUGUAUGGAGUGUGCUCCCGGUUAUCAUGGAGAAAACUGUACGAAAUGCCUAUGUGACAUAAAAGGAACAAUGCCUGGAGGUGAAUGCGAGUCACAUUGUCAGUGCAAGUUGCACGUGGAAGGGAAACGGUGUUGA